UCGACUUUGUGACCGACCAGAAGAUAAUCGCAAUUCCUCACUCUACCACAUCCGACAUUUACACCUGCAACGCGCCCCCACAGCCUUGCACGCGCCUCUACCCACCAACCUGGUCGAGACAUUUGCGCUUCGAGCCUAAACCUCACUCAUCAUGGUCGACUAUGCAAAGAAGACGGUGGCCGAACUCACAGAGAUUCUGAAAUCACGGAAUUUGUCACACACCGGCAAGAAGGCUGAACUUGUUGCGCGGUUGAACGAGGCCGACAAAGAAGUCGAAGAACCUGGUGAGUCUGGCAGUACAUCUAUAUUCAGACCCAAAUGCGCCAAAAAUGCGCGACAUUACCCUCGUCCCUAUGCUGCGCCAAAUCCCAAGAACCAUCGUGAUGAUCCGAGACUAACCACGCCUACAACCCUAACAGCUCCUGCGGCCGAGGAACCAGCUGCACCACCGGCACCAGAAGCACCAGUCGAAACCACAGCUCCUUCGACUCAGCCGACGACGACAGAAACCGAAGCAGCACCAGCAUCAGCACCUGCUGCGCCUAUCCCAGCUGAAGAAUCCCUUCCUGCCAACACAGACUCUGCACUAGCCAGUGGAGUCACAUAUGCGCUGAACCUCCCUUCGUCGGAAGUCGAUGCCGAACUAGCCAAGCGGAAAGCCCGCGCCGAGCGCUUCGGCACUGUCAACGGCGACAGCGAGAAUAAAGAAGCAGACGACGAAGCCCAGAAAGCUCUACAGCGAGCGAAGCGAUUUGGCACGGGUGCACAGUCACUGGGUAAACUCGACGAGGCACUUCCACUGGAGAGGGAAAGGGGUAGUAGAAAGCGCGGUCGCACAGAGGGCGGUGGUGGGGAAGACGGGGGUCUGAGGAAAAACUUCCGACAUCAGGGUGGUGGUGGUGGGCGUGGGCGUUUCCGUGGUGGUGGUGGUGGUGGUGGACGAAAUGGGAGAGAUAAAUCGCAGAGACGACAGGGAGAGAGACCUACGGGUGUGGUCAAGUCGCCGCCUGCGUAUACCUCUGAGGCGGAUAGAGCGGCUGCCGAGGCGAGAAAGAAGAAGUUUGGAUCAUGAGAAUGUGAUUCCCGUCGUUGAGAUCACCAUGUGAUGAAGAAGAACAACUAGUUGUAUCUGUGGAAAUCGGAUGUUUUCUUCGCAGGGCAUUGUCUCUAAACCCAGCAACGGUUAUGAAUGUCAACCCUCGGUGAGGAUCGUCCGUCCAUCGAUGCGAUUAGACUAGCACCACCACCAAUACCAUAUGUACUACUGACCAGGAAAAAGGAAUGGAAAGGGAAAUUUCACACACAAAACAGGAAGGGGAAGGGAAUGGUCGAGAUGGUUCUAGGUUUUCAGGAAGCGGAAAAAUCUCUGUUCCUGUCACAGACGUAUCCCUCUUUAAAAAGACACCAGGAUCAUCUUGGACCAGAUCAACCGUGACCAUGGCUUCAAUCCCAACCAAAAACUUGCUGGCUGUAUGAAUGAUCAAGUAAUUAUCUCGAGCCCAAGACGGAGGGAUGGAUUCUAUUUUGAAGAACACCAAACC